AUUGAAUCGAUGUAACAAAAAUCAACCCGAAGAAAAAGACGAAAACGGAAUGUGUUAUGGGAAUUAAACUUGAUUGUUAUUCAGACUCAAUUCACUUGGCACUUGUUGCUUUUCUCUCUCUGAUUAGUUUCAAUCAUUCAUAAUGUCUCGUGUUGGUCCAACUUUUAUCCAUUCAAAGGCGUCCAGUCUCCUUGAGAAUCAAAGGUUAACUUAUAUUGUUAAUGAUAAUAUUCAACUUCGUCCAGAUCGUUUGGAACGAUUGAAUUUGGUCUCUGGUGUUACAGUCAAUGGUUCUAAUGGUGAUGUUAAAGCAGAAGUGAAAACAGAGAAAAAAGAAAAGGAAAAGGAAAAAGAAAAUAAAACCGAAACUAAGAAAGAGACCAAAAGCUCAAAGCGAACAACAAAUCGACGUGGUAAUGGUAACAAAAAGCAAAGUAAAUUAUCUGGUUUUGGAUCUAAAAUUCCGAAGAGCGAAAAAACCAAUUCAUCGGGUGAUUCAGGAUUCUCCAUGGAAUCUACACCCGAUCCUUUCUCUGAGGAGGAGGAAGAAGAGAAAUCACCUGUAAGUGUAAAAGAGGAAGAAAUGGAAUUCGAUCCAAGUCCAGUCUCACCUCCAUCAUCUUCGGAAGAAAAGAUUCCAUCGGAAGAUGAAAAACCUCGAGGAAAAGAAGAUGAUUCAGAAGAUGAAGCCAUCUUUAUGGAAGAGGUAAAAAGAAAGUCUAAAAAAGAAAAAAGUAAAAAACGUAAACGUGUUCGAAUUUAUGAUUCGGAUGAGGGUGAAGAUGAAAAAGCCAUGGCUUUAAGAAUUUUGGCUGGAGAAGAUGGUGACAAUUCCAAACAUUCUAGUGUCGCUCGAUCAUCAAUAGAAAGUAAUAAAACAGAAGAACCCGAAAUAGAACAGGUAGAAAUGAUCGAUGGUGAUGAUUCAGAUGAUGAAGAAAUCGUUAAACCAAGAGAUUUCUUCUUCAAUGAAGCUGAAGUUUCAGGUUCUGAUAGCUCAGAUGAAGAGGAAGAAGAAGACGAAAUGCUUAAAGAGCUGAUUGAUGAGAAAGCUGAUGCUCUUGAUUACGAAAAUUUAAGGAAAGACGUUGCUGCAUCUUAUCAAAAAGAACUAUUGAGAGAUGAUAAAAGACUUUUAUUACAAUUACAAGAAAAAUAUUUGGAAGGUGGCGAUGUACACUAUGACCAAAAAAGAGUUAAGAGAUUCAAAUGGAAAACUGCUGCUUCAACUUGGCUUGAUGAUGCGAGAGAUUCAUCAUCAGAUGAUGAAAAUUCAGGUGAUGAGGAUGGCGAAUACGAAGCUAAAUGUGUGCCAGUUUUCAAACUAAAGAAUACGAUAACCAAUGCAACUAAUUCAAAUAUCGAUUCAAAGAUUAAUUUGACGCUUUCUUCACUUCCAACAAAAAUUAACCAACAAGUCGAGAACAGUACAAGAUUUUCUCCUUCGAGACAAGAAACUUGUGGAUAUUUUAUCAACAAAAUCGAAUGUGGAUGCAAGCGUAUCGAGAUUAAAAAAAAUUAAACCAGGAUCAACUAAAAGUCUAUGUUAUCUUCUCAAAUAAUCCAUUUUGUGGAUCGAAAAACUUUAAAAAAUCAUCAAUUAAACCUCAUUUCUUUUCCAUCACAAUUCUAUCAUUGUAAUCAUCUUAUUUCUGUAAAAAUGUAAAACAAUUUUCAAUCACUAUUUUAUCACAAUUAAAAUAUGCUCAGUAACCAUCAACGAAAGUUAUAAGCAUUGAA